AUGGCCACCUCCACCAUGUCCGUCUGCUCCAGCGACCUGAGCUACGAUAGCCGGGUCUGCCUGCCCGGUUCCUGUGAUUCUUGUACUGACUCCUCCUGGCAGGUGGACGACUGCCCAGAGAGCUGCUGUGAGCCUAGCUGCUGUGCCCCCAGCUGCUGCCAGCCCACCCCCUGCCUGACCCUAAUCUGCACCCCAGUGAGCUGUGGGUCCAGCCCCUGCUGCCAAUCUGCCUGCAGCAGCUGCUGCACACCCUCAUGUUGCCAGCAGUCUAGCUGCCAGCCCUCAUGCUGCACCUCCUCACCUUGUUGUGUGACCCUUUGCUGCAAGCCUGUCUGCUGCACCCCCAUCUGCUCUGGAUCUUCUUCAUGCUGCCAGCAGUCUAGCUGCCAGCCCUCAUGCUGUCAAUCCUCCUGCUGUGUGCCUGUCUGCUGCAAGCCUGUCUGCUGCACACCCAUCUGCUCUGGAUCUUCUUCAUGCUGCCAGCAGUCUAGCUGCCAGCCCUCAUGCUGUCAAUCCUCCUGCUGUGUGCCUGUCUGCUGCAAGCCCGUCUGCUGCACACCCAUCUGCUCUGGAUCCUCAUGCUGCCAGCAGUCUAGCUGCCAGCCCUCAUGCUGCCAGCCAUCCUGCUGUGUGCCUGUCUGCUGCAAGCCUGUCUGCUGCAAGCCCUGCUCCAGCGUGUCCCUGCUCUGCCGCCCUGUGUGCAGACCCGCCUGCUGUGUGCCCAGCUCCUCCUGCUGUGCCUCUUCCUGCCAGCCCAGCUGCUGCAAGCCCUGCUCCAGCAUGUCCCUGAUCUGCCGCCCUGCCUGCUCCCACCAGGCCUGCUGUGGCCUCUGCUCUGGCCAGAAGUCCAGCUGCUGA